AUGUCCUUUGACGGGAUGUCAACCCUUGCGGCAGUCGAGAGCGUACAUGAGAUUGCCAUCGCAAGAUCCAACAAUCCUGAAGACCACAAGUCGAAAACCAAAGCUUUGGAGAAAUUGGUUGGUAAUUUCACCUUGGACGACCUCACCAAGUUUCGCCAAGCAUACGUCGACCGUUAUUUCGUUGACCCAGAGCAUCACCUUCGCAAUUUCGACGUCUAUCAGGAAGACGCAAAGCUGAGGUUGCAUCCAAGUCUGCUAUUUGAACUGCUGGGAAUUCUGAACAAAUCCGAAGUGGAAAGAGAUACUGAGUAUCUUCGCCAUUUGCUCGCAAAGGCAGAGUCUGCCACCCUGUCUUCUGCAGACCGCCAGGCGUAUUACAGCUGGCUUCCGCGCAUUGGGCUUUGGGAUGCCCCAGCUCGAGAAACAUCUGAAAGAACCUCAGUCAGCUCGUACGAGCGCUUGCUGCGUAUCAAGGCAUGGGAGAAGAUCAGCUCCCUCGACUUUGAUGCUGCUCUUCUGAAGAUCGAGCGGUCCUUCUCCACGGCAACAGUUAGGGCCAAUACACCUCGUGAGAAGACGGUUGCUGUCAUAGCGAGCUCACACGGUGCGCAAUGGCAAGAAUUAAUAGACUGGGCGCUAGGAAUGCUUAGCAAUGGUUAUGCGUUGCAAGUCUUCACCCCGUAUGGCCGCCCGGUUGCUAUUCAACGCGACAGUAUGCUCGUCCGUGAGCCGCCAACGGAGGCCAUCGCAGUUGCUCUUGGUCUUCCCGGGGUCGGGUUGGGUGCUCCGCUCAGACUUGAUCCGUUGCGCCUGCCUGCGGAUCGACUGAAGUAUCUCAUGGGAAAUGCUAUGUGCGCGGACAAAUUCGACCCUCAGCAAUUCGGAGCAGUAUAUCUUGCUGGAGGGCUUGGGUUCAAUGAAGACGUAGCAGUCACAAGCCCAAAAGGAUCGGAUCCUACUCACGCUUGGAUUGAGCCUACGCCAAAUAUUGCCACGAUGAUGAGACGUGCCAUUGAGCACCGUCUUCCGAUGAUUGCCCUGUGCCAUGGUCCCACGCUCUUGGCCUGUUUCGACAUCGAGAUCAACGGUGUGAAUGAAAAACUGGUGAAGGGGGUGAAGGUAGCCGCACUUCCUGCGCUGGAACCAAUGGUUCACGCGCAGGGCAAGUUAGAGCCGCAGUUCAGCUUCUUUACUUGGAAGACACAUGAUGUCUUGGCAGAAGCCGGAGCCCUUGUUGAUGAAGCCGAGGACUUGAAAGACAUGACGGUAGUGAAAACUGGAGUGAAGGACGGCUUACAUCUCGUGACUGGCCCAGGGCCUCAAACGGCAAUGAACCUCAUUGGCGCGACGAUGUCGGUUAUGAAGAAGCGGUGGGAAUCAUCUUACACAAUUCCAUACACCACUAAUGCACGUUUUUUGUGA